AUGGCAUUUGUUGUGUAUAAUCGUGUCGUGGUGUUGUGCACAUAGCAAAAUUUUUGCCAUUUUUACUCUCAUUUCUUUGGUGGCAUCAUCGUAAAAGUUUUUGUGUGUUUUUGUGUGUUGGUUGAGCUGAGCUUGUUGUCCACUGGGUCGAAUCAUACUUUGCACGGCGUAGGAUAAGCAAUUUUUAAGUCUCACUUUCUUACCACAUUUACAUCAAAGCAUGCGAGUUUUAUUUUAGCACCACUCAAGUGUGGUCAACUUAAACGGAACAAAACGCAAGACUCGCAUUAAACGAAUCUUUUAAGCUAUCUAUCUACGCAGAUUGUAGAUACGCAUUAAAAUAAUAAUAAUAAUUAGUUACGUGCACGUUUUGUUCCGGAGUAACUUAUCUUCCCAGAGAGAGGCAGAAAUCUUGAGGAAAAUAUUAAAAUGAAGCCGAGUUGUUGCUUCCCGUUACGUUUUGUCAUCAAGGCGGUCGCCAUCCUGGACUUUAUAGCAGCAUCUCUCAUCGUACUAGUCACGUCGGGUGGGUUAAUUUACAUAUAUCUUUUCCCCUCCGAAGUGGACGCGUGGUUCCGUGACGCUGGUAAUAAUGUGACCACGACCAACAGCAGCAGCAGUGAUUUCAUCUCAGCUGCAGAAAUUCAGACACGUUUAUCAACCUUUGUAAAUUUGGACAAACUUUGGAAAGAUGACGGCGGAAUUUUGGCGACAGCGUUGCUUCUACUCGGUCUGAUCUAUUCCUUGCAAAAGCUCGUGUUGGCCUGCGUUUUGAUUAUUGCUGUGUUCCAAGAACGGGUAAAGCUGUUACGAAUCUGGGUGGGAUACAGUCUAGUAAUUCUGGUCUUGUCGGUGAUGGGUUAUCUGAGCCUGCUUUUGGCCGGAGUGACGGAGCCCUGGUCGAUCCCAUUUUACGUGGUGGCCUUCAUCUCGAGAGAGUACGUCAUCUGGAUCACGACGGCCUUUCUGAAGAAGGUGCAGUCGCAGAAGAGUGACGACGCCUUCUUGAUACGCGGACGCGGAGGAGGAAUAAAUAAUAACAAAGUUGUCUACAAACUGUGAUAAGUGAGAAGAGAUUGAAAUAGGCUUUAUUAUUUUUAAGAUUUUUGAAACUACGACUUAAGUACAAUUUUCUACAUGUUUUGAUAGAUUUGUAAUAUAGAUUUUAGUUUAGGUUUAAAAAGAUGACUAGGUUGCAUGAAUUCCUUGCGUGAUUAUGUAGACCAAUUAAAGUUUAAUAAAUUAAUUGCUGAGAAAUGGA